UGAGUUGAUCCAGACUUUAAUCUUUUGAUCUGUUAAUCAGGAUUUCUCAAUCUUUCUUUGAAUUACUCCAUCAUGUACAAGCAUUUUCAUGGUAUGAAACUCAUUCAUUAAGCUCAUAGUUUAGUUGGUUGAGAUUUACAGUCGACAUUUUCUUGGUGAAUCUCUGAAAUUUUUUUAAAUGAAAAUGAAUCUGAGUUUCUUUUUGUUUCUGUGUCUAUUUAAAGCGACUAUAGCUCUCGAAGACACUUGGACUUCGACCAGUUCGGACGGACUAACUACCUGCAAAUAUACCUACAUUUAUAAUAAAGACAAAAGUUUUGUUGGCCCCGAGGAAAUAAUUAGUGAUACUUUUGAAUGUGGUGAUGGAAGUGCUAAUUGUACCUCUACUUUAAAAUUCAGUAAAACUUUUACAACUCAGUUCGACGGAGCUGAUAAUCUGGAUCCAAGAAAUUUAGAAAGCUUCAAGGGGCGUGUUGGUCAAUUGGCCAGUAAAUCUGGUGUCGAGUCGGCAGAAUCGAUAAUCAAAGAGGGGACACAUUCUUGUACAAUUAAGCCAGGAUAUCGAGUACAAAUUUUAGCAAAGCCUCGUUAUCAAAAGCUAACCGGUACUCUCGAAGAGCGAUGCUUAAAGUCUUGUUACGAGUGCGAUGUCUCUUUCCGUUCAAUUCCCCUAACCAUUGAGGUGCCCGUCAAGAGUAAAACCGACAAUCAGAUCGCUGGUAGUAUAAGUUGUAAAGUCGAACCUAAUGCCAAUAUCAAUGGAAUGCAGAAAUCGUGUAAUUCAGAAAAAAUGACCUCCGGUAAAAUGUUUGACGCUGUUGGUGAUGCUCUUCACAAGGUCAUGACCAAUACUCCUUUGAAUCGAGUUAAAACUCUCGAACAUACAAACAUCGAUGGAAAUAAUGUUUGGGCUAUCGGAAUGUGUUGGAAUGGGCUGAAUCGCGAUGCCUGUCGAGCUUGUGUUCGUUAUCUAGUCGAUAAUAUUUGGUCAGAGUGCGAAAACUCAAAAGGAGGUCAACUUUGGGUUACCGAUUGCGGAGUUAGAUAUGAAUUCCACCGAUUAACUACCUCUAAUUAUGAAGACUCUUUCUUGACUAAUCAGUAAUAAUCAAAUUUUCACUAAUAAAAAAUUCAAUCACAAUUUAGUGAUUUCGUUAUGAAAACUGAGUAAAUUACGUAAAAGUUUCAUUUUCUAUCCACGAGAUGGCGACAGGUACGAAGAUUUUCAUUCAACAUAUGAUUUGAU